AACGCUCAGGCCCAAGAAAAGCCCAAAAACCUAAAACCCUGAUCUCAAGACCGCAUUGCAAAGAGAGAGGACCGCAUGGCACAGUGGUCGCGCUCCGCCGCCGGCCACCUCCGAACAUUGGAGGCAAACCGUCAAUACUUAUCAGCACUCCGCCGUAGCCAUUACCACACAAUCCAAGCAAUUCCGAGAGAAUGUACUGGAAGCAAAGUUGCCGCCAGAGAUAGAAUGCAAGGUCGAAUACCUGCCGUCGUUUUCUUCCAGAACCUUCUCGACAAAAACUCCGACUCUCGAUCCACGUCGAGGAAGCAUUUGCUCACCGUCGAGAAGAAACAGAUUAAAGCCGUACUCAAUGAAAUCGAAGUUCCUUUCUUCUGCUCCACACGUUUUCCGCUACAAAUCCGUGCUGGAUCCGGAUCCACUCAUUUGCUCGAAACUGGAACUGUUCUACCUAUCAAGAUUCAUAGGGAUGAAGAGAGUGGGAAUAUUUUGAAUUUAGUGUUUGUUUGGGCAGAAGACGGUACUGAAUUGAAGGUUGAUGUGCCUGUUGUUUUCAAAGGGGAAGAUGUUUGUCCUGGUCUUCAGAAAGGUGGUGUUUUGAAUAAGAUCAGAACUAGUCUAAAAUAUCUUUGUCCAUCUGAGCACAUUCCUUCAAAAAUUGAGGUGGAUAUCAGCAAAUUAGAUAUUGAAGAUAAGAUAUUCAUGCGUGAUAUUGAGGUUCAUCCAUCCUUGAAACUUCUGAGUAAGAACGAAAACAUGCCGAUUUGUAAAAUAGUUCCAACAAGUUUGGGAAACCAAGCACCAGUUGCUGAGUGAUCACUGAAACAACAUAUGAGAUUCGACAAACUGCAUUCAUCGAGAGAAAUGCAGAAGCUUCCAAAUAAACAGGAUUAACUCCCUGAUUUGAUGAGAUGUUGGCAGUGACAAGUACAAGCACCAUAGAUGUUAGAACUACUUUGUAUUAGACUUCAUUGAUGUUUCAGUCUAGGUGGAUUGAUGAUUUCUGUUCAAUCUUUGGCGGCACUUACAAGCUAUUAUUAUCUAUAGACUUGUUGGAACCUUAGCUUUUAUUAUUUUUAACAAUUAAAAAUGAAUAAAAUUUAAAUACAGAUUAUUCGAACAGCA